AUGAGGCGCUUUCCACGCACGGGCUUUCCACUUCUACAAAAGGAGUUUGCCGAGCUCUGCCUAAGCGUCGCUGGAUGCCUGAGCCCAGGGUGCGUUCGGAAGACCCUCCCGCUGGCCACGGAUCCCGGGAGCACGGCGUGGGCGCUCACACCCCGCACCUCUCUGAGCAGGUUUGAUGGUGCACAUCUGCACACCGACGUGCAACAGCUGGAAGGAGCGCUAACACCCCCCUGCGGUGAAGAGAUGCUCGCAGAGUUCGCCGAGGUGGGUGCGGAAGGCAGCCGUACGCCACACGACCGAAACGCUCGCUGGAAGCGGCUGACGGGCUCCGGCAGGGCGAAGAGGCCAGAUCUGAAAAAGGACUUUGCCGUGCUGAUACUGAGCACAAGCUCUGACUCUGAGGUGUCCGAGCAGAGCACAGGCCCUGGCAUUAGACAUCCAAGGCUGCCUAUUCGAUGCGUCGGGACACUGAGAGUGCCGCAGUUUUUGGUGGGAAAGAUACUGUUCAAAGGGCGAGCAGCAGCUCCUGGUGCCGUGUGCUGGGCUUUGGCAAAUGAGCAUGUCAUCAGUAAUUCAUUUAUUUUAGACGAUCCAGACCUGAAAGAUAUUGACCCUACGAUAUUAAAACAUUGCCAUGCUGCGGCUGCAACGUGUAUUCUGGAGGCAGGAAAGCAGAAAGCCGACAUAUCUGCUAUAAGCACAUGUCUAGAAGACUGUAAACUGGAUAAAGAGAGAAUAGAACAAUUUUGCACCGAAUAUCAGAAAAACAAGGAUGCAUUGGAAAUCCUAUUGGGAAGAACAGUGGUUCAGGAUCACACCCAGAUGUUAGAUUUAGUUGCACAAUGGAGCAAUUACAGGUACUUCUUUCCUUUGUCAUUGUUUCUAUGCUUGGCUCCAGUUGUGGAUGUAAAUGUUUCUGAUAACUUGCCAGUCAAAAUGAAAUCGUUCUGUAAGACCUGUAUCGUGCGUUAUUUGGAGACCAGCAAGUAUUGUCCUAUCUGUGAUGUCCAAGUUCACAAAACUCGACCGCUUUUGAAUAUAAGGUCAGAUAAAACUCUCCAAGAUAUUGUAUACAAGCUAGUACCAGGCCUUUUCAAAAAUGAAAUGAAAAGAAGACGGGAUUUUUAUGCUGCUCAUCCGUCGGCUGAUGCUGCCAAUGGCUCUAAUGAAGACAGGGGAGAAGUGGCUGACGAAGACAAAAGAAUUAUAACAGACGACGAGAUAAUAAGCUUAUCCAUUGAAUUCUUUGACCAGAAUAGACUGGAACGGAAAGGAAAUAAGGAGAAAGAAAAAUCGAAGGAAGAGGUGAAUGACAAAAGAUACUUACGCUGCCCAGCAGCAAUGACAGUGAUGCAUCUAAGAAAGUUCCUGCGGAGUAAAAUGGAUAUACCCAACACUUUCCAGAUUGAUGUGAUGUAUGAAGAGGAGCCUCUGAAGGACUACUACACCCUAAUGGAUAUUGCCUACAUCUACACCUGGAGGCGGAACGGGCCUCUCCCCCUGAAAUACCGGGUCCGACCUACUUGCAAGAGGAUGAAGAUCAGUCACCAGAGGGAAGGCUUGAAUAAUAGCGGGGAGCUGGAAAGUGACUCUGGGAGCGACAAGGCGAGCAGCCCGGCGGGGGGCAUCCCCUCCACCUCCUCCUGUUUGCCCAGCCCCAGCACGCCGGUCCAGUCUCCUCACCCCCAGUUCCCCCACAUCUCCAGCACCAUGAACGGCACCAGCAGCAGCCCCAGCAGUAACCACCAGUCCUCCUUUACCAACAGAGCACGGAAAACAUCGAUAAAUGGCUCCUCGGCCACUUCAUCUGGUUGACGGGCCAACCAGGCUACCGCCCCCGCCCCUCCUUUAUAUAGAUCUCUCCAUGCCAUUACAGCUUUAUAGAUGCUAAUCCAUGUGACUAUCGUCCAAAUUGCUUUCUUUUGUAGUGACACUGAACUUGGCUAUAAAAGGCGGACUAGGUGACAUUCAGGAUGGACGUUAAUGGAAACGCAAGAUUGAAAUGUAAAUUGUUUUCAGAGGACUGGGAAGCAAACAAAAGUUACACCUUCACCUCUUCUGAGUGAUGCGGAGUUGUUUCCGUCCCCAUCAUCAUCUGGACUCGGGAGUCUCCAGAAGUCGAUACAAAUCCCGGGAAGUAGUUUGUUAAUCCAGACUAACUCCUCCAUUGCGUUCUCUUCGAUUGUUAUUGUUCUUAUGCUGUUUUGUGAACCUGUAGAAAGCAAGUGCUUUUUCAUCUUGAAAUCCAACGAAACGGAAAGAAUAUGCAUAGAAGAAUGCAUAUAUGUAGCCAUGUCACUGUGAAUAACAAUU